AUGCGCAACAGCCCGGGAGGGAAGCGAACGUUCGACGGCGGGGGCCCCGGCGGGCCUUCCGCGAAGCGCGGCGCGUACGGGGCGUAUGGCUCGUACGGAGGCGGAGCAGGCGGCGGGUACGGGCAGAACCAGUACGGGUCGGGAGCGAACGGCGCGGGCUACGGCGGCUACGGCGGCGAGCCUCCUGCAUCGGCCGGGGGGGCCGGGAGCGCGCUGGUGCCCCUGAACCACCUCCAGGAACAGACGCGCAACGCAGUGCUAGACCGCAACUGGCUGCGAUCCCUCCAGGACAGGCACUACGUGAGCAUCGCCCAGCACGGAUCAUUCCUGCCUCCUGGCGCGCACGGAGAGAGACUUGCACUCCGCAUUGAAGCUCCAGGCGUGCCUGCCGCGGACCAGGCGCAGUACGUUCGGGGCGCGGAGAAGGAAAUUCGCGACGUGAUCGCCCGGUACGAGGCCGCGCCCGCCGCCACGGGCGGCUACGGAGCGUACAACCAGCCCAGCCAAGCCGCAGUGAGCAACUUUCCGGCCUCCCAGCAGCACGCGCAGCCCGUCUCGCAGUGGCCGGACCCAGCCAGCCAGUCCCAGCCCCAGCAGGCCUCCGCCGCGCCCGCCCGCGCGGACGGCCCCGGCGGCCGCUGGCGGGUGUUCAUUGACAUCAACCCCCCCCCCGCGUUCGGCCUCGUCAGCAAACUCCGCGGGCCCAAGGACUCCUACCUCGAGCACAUCCAGCAGGAGUCCGCGAAGCUCUCCGGCGCAGACAUCGCGGUCACGCUGCGCGGGCGCGGCUCCGGGACGCCCGCGUCGGUUGGCCCCGGCUCCGACGACCCGCUGCACAUCGCGCUGGUGUCGACGAGCGCGAAGGCGCUGCACGAGGCGCGCGACCUCGCGAACAACCUGCUGGAUCACGUCAGGAGGGAGUUCGUCUCCCAACACCCGCAUGAGGCGGCGGCGCAGGGGUACGGGUCGACGGUCGGGGCGCUCUCGGGCGGGGAGAGCCGCGACUUUGCGCCUGCAGCGCGGCCGGUGGGCGUGGCGCCCGCGCUCGAGGCUGGCGGGCGGGGCGGGGGGCUCCCAGGCCCCCCGGCACUCCCGGGGGGGUUGGUGCCACGUGGGCCGUCAGGGGGGCCGGCGGGCGGGUGGACGGGCGCGCCGGGGGGCGGGGCGGUGCCAGGCGGGCCGAUGCGAGGCGAUCCGGGGCCACGGGGGCCGCCACGGCCGAUGCCGGGUGGCAUGCCGAUGCAGCAACAGCGGCCGUCGCCCGGGCCGGGGCCUGGUCAGGCGCGGCCGCCGGGGAUGCGGCCGGACAUGUCGCACCCUCGGGGCAUGCCGCAAGGCCCGCCGCAGCAGCUGCAGCGGCCCCCGGGGGGUAUGAUGCCUGCAGGAGGACCCCCCGGGGGGGCUAUGGGCGGCAGACCCCCUGGAGGGAUGCCCGGGCCUCCGCCCAUGUCGCACCAGACUGGCGGUCCAGGAGGCGGGUACGGAGCUCGGCCGAUGCCGGGCGGGCCCCCGCAGGGACGGCCGCAGGGCCAGCCCCCCGGGAUGCGGCCUGGCAUGCCGAUGGGCGGGGGGGCACCGUGGGGCCCCCCGGGCGGCGGACGCGGACCCCGCGGCCCCGGCCCGCGGCAUUACUGA